GGCUUCACGGUCAGGGCCACAAGAUGGCGGAAGCGGUUGCAGCCGUUUGAAUUCCAGUGGAGCCGCCAAACUCGCACAAUAACCACCGGGCACGGCCGCCGCCAUGGACUCGCUGCCGGGGGAGGACCCUACGCUGCCCCUGGACUUGGGCGGCAGCGUCAACGUGGCCGACCUGCCCGACGUGCCCGGGGAUGCAGCCCGACCCGGCCCGGCCGGCAGCGCAGUGUUACCAGACAUGGCGGAAGAUGCAGUUUCACCAACCAGGGCUCGGACCAUGAAGGAUUAUGAAAAUCAAAUCACUGACUUAAAAAAAGAGAAUUUCAACUUGAAGCUUCGGAUAUAUUUUCUAGAGGAGCGGAUGCAGCAGAAAUUCGAUGGUCCCACUGAAGACAUCUACAAAAUUAACAUUGAGCUAAAGGUUGAGGUACAAAGUCUGAAACAUGAACUGAAGGAGAGGGAAAAACUGCUCAUCAAAGCCUCGAAAGCAGUUGAGAGCUUGGCUCAGGGAGGUGAUACUGAAGUACAACGUGUGAAAGAAGCGGCUCGGAAGAAGGUGGAGCAAGUGGAAGAAAUCCUGACCAGCAGAAUCAACCUUUUGGAAGAGAAUCUUAAAGCUGCCCAAGAAGAAGCGGAAAAAGCCUUUGCGAUGACAGAGAGGGAGAAAGUUCUAAGAAUGGCUGCCGAGCAAAAACUCUCUUUGGUUUCAAAUCCAAAGGAUCUGGAUACAGUUGCAGGAAAUGAAAAAGACAGACUUAUAGAGCAACUGAAUCUGUCUUUGAAAAGUAAAGAAGCUAUAAUUCAGCACCUUGAAGCGGAAAAGUCUCAAAGUGGACCUUUUGAUGGGAGCUUGUCAGCAGAAAAAAUCAGAGAACUUACUGUUGCUUUGAGGCAUGAAAAAGAUAGUGAGAUAGAGGCUCUUAAAAUGGAACUUAGAAAUGAGAGAAAUUUCUUUGAAAAAAAAAUCCAGUCUCUUCAAGAAGAACUGCAGGAGAGAGAGAGUGAGCUUGCUGUUGAAAAGAAAAAUGGUUUGAAAAGGGAUAAAACAAUUCAAGGUCUAACGCUUGCAUUAAAAACAAGGGAGAAAGAGAAUGAAGAACUUGGUUCUGAAAUUGAAGAUCUAAAUGUUUCACUGGUUAACGCAAGAGAAGCGACUCACAAAGCUCAAAUCCAGAAGUUCAAGGGGGCUGAAGAUUAUCAAGCGCUGUUGAUGGAAAAAGAGGCCCUCCUAGCAGAGCUGCGUUCAGAAAAUCUGACAAAAGACACAGAGAAUCGUAAACUACAACGGAGGAUUAAGAGGACUGAUCAAGAGCUAAAUGAUCUGAAUCUAGAAAGAGAGAAAAUGGAAAGGGAAUUGGAUGAAGCUCAACUCCAGAAGAGCAGAUGCGACAAAACCAUUAAUGACCUUAGAAAUCAGCUAGAGAAAUUACAUGGUGAAGUGAUUGAGAGAGAGAAAGCAGUGGAACAUCGUUACAAUAUUCUUUUGAGUGAAAGCAGUCAGAAGUUACAGAGCCAAGAACUAGUUAUCAAGCAACUAACAGACAGUGUCAAUCAAAAGGAUCUAUUGCUUCAGAAACUUGAUGGUACAAUUAAAGAAAAGGAGGUGGAAUUUCAGGAUCUUUUAAAUAACUAUAAAAACCUUCUAAAAGUGAAAGAAGAACUUGAGUUGAAGAAUGAAGGAUUGAUAAAGGAAAAAUGUGCCGCUGAGUCUGAACAGUCAAUCGCCAAGAUAGUCAAAGAAGUGGAGGUGAAAAAGGAAUCUGAAUAUGAAGAGCUUAUUCUUGCUCUAAGAAAAGAGCAGCAUAUUUAUUCUACGCUAGUGAAGGCCCUGAAAGAUUCAGACAGUAUAAAUAGUCUGCAGGCAGAAUUGAACAACAUUUUUUUGUUGCGAAAACAACUGGAGGAAGAUAUUUUAGCUAAUCGGAAUCUGCGGAAAGUCCUGGAGGAUCAAAUUAAGGAAAUAAAAAACAAAGGAGAGGAAACCUUAUCUUAUUGUGGAGAUCAGACGUCUUAUAUGAGUAUUUGCCUAGGAGAGCACAGUCUUUUAAGCCUACAGGUAGACCAUCUGUCUCUUGAAGAACUGAAAAAAAAGGUUACUGAGCUCCUGUCAGUGGUAAAGGACCUGCAGUCAAUUAAUCAAGAUCUGAAGAAAGAACAACUUGGAUUCUCCAGAUUUGAUUCUUGGGGAGAAGAAACUCUGAAAAUAUUUAACCAGAGUGAGUUUCUUGAAAGAACAGAAGAGACCAUGAUGCCAGCUGAAGAUUUUCAAAAUGAUAAGCAUACACAGAGCUGUCAGCCUUCUGAGAAGACCAGUGAGAUAACUCCUGCAGACAUUUCAGAGGGUUUCUGCAAAGAUAGACAUUAUAGGAAUCUAAAUAAGCCUCAGGUUGAACAUGAUAGAGCUGGCAAACACUUUGGCAGAAUAGAGAUGAGCGAACAUGAAGCAGCGGAGAUGAGCCUGUUCACAUCUCUUUUAAAUGAAAAUGGAACAUCUGUACUUGAAUCUAGACAAGAACAAAUGAAAAUUGUAAGUGAACUGUUAGAUCAUCUGAACACAACUAAGGAAGAAUGUUCAUUUGAAGAAAUAGAGAAUAAGGAUGAAAAAGAUCUUAGGCAAAUGAUUAUUCAACUAAGAACUGAACUCACAUAUUUCAAGCAGGUCAAUAAAUUCUUAAAGCAGCAAGAAGAACUGAAGUCAACUGUUGAUGGGAAAGAGAAGCUUUAUCCAGAUACAGCGCCACAGAUUAAUAAGGAUAUCGAAUUGUUGAAAGUGGAACUGAAAGACACAGCUACACAAACAAUGACUAUAGAGAGUAAUGUCAUGAGAUUCAAACAUGAAGGCAAAAAAGAAACCUUAGAAGAAAAAAAAUAUUCAAGAUUAAAUGCAGAAAAAGAACACCAGCAAGAAAAUGUGUUUAAGGAAGAUGAGCAGCAUGAGAGACUUUCUCGUGCAAGUAGAACAAAUAAAAGUGAUUCCAUUUACCUGUCCAAGAAGUCCCGUCUACCCGUUCCAUUAAAGUCAUCUAGAUCAUUAGGAAACAUUCCAUUAGCCUCCUGCACACACAAGCCAGAUAUGCAUUUACAGCACCGGAUCAUGGCUGUUGAUGAAGGUCUCAAGGAAAGUAAAAUGCAAAGCGACCAACUUCAGCAACAAACAACAAGAGACAAAGAGUUAUCUUUGAGCAAAUCUCUAAUUGAAAAUUUUCAAGAGACGCCUCCUGAACAGAAAAGAGCAUCAGUGAGAGCCGAGUCAGUGAUGCCUUUGGACUACAAAGAGGUCCAGGUGGAUGCUUUGGAUGGUGGAUUUGAUACCCAUGACAAGAAUGAAAAUAAAACCAACAACAGUCAGAGAGAUAGGCAAGAAACAGAAAAUCAUCAUAACGUAAGCAGCAUGAAUAACCAACAUUCAAUGAAAGAGCUAAAUGAAGAGAUUGAUUCCAUGGAGAAUGAGGACAUUGACUCUGCUAUAACAUAUUCUGGUUCCCAGAGUCUGCUUUCUCACAAACUAAAUGUAACAAGUACAGAUGCAUUUGCUGACCAUGAGGUCACGGAUGACAUAGAAGAAUUGAGACAAAGAAUUAGGGAUAUGAAAUCUGAGCUUGACAGGUACAAAAUGUUCAUAUUUCACUUGCAGCCUACUACACAAUUUUUGCCCAGUGAUAUUUUCAAUAUCAUUUCGAAUGAUGCAGCAUUGGCUACAGAAGGAGAUGUUUUACAAAUGCAAGAUACAGAAAGGCAACAGUCUAAUGCAUGUUCUACAGUACGUCAGCAAGUGGAUUAUGAAAUCCAUAUAGAAAACCUGAAUUCCCGGUUGUCAGGGACACCUGAAGAACAGACAGCAGAAAAACUUAAGCAACUACUAUUAGAAAAUGAGGCUGAACUUGAAAAAGAGCAAAUUGCAAAUAUGCGUCUUCUUGAUGAAGUAUACUGCCUCCAGACCAAGCUUAGAGAAUCAUCUCCAUCCAACUAUGAUUCAUUAGUUCACUCCCAAGCUCGGGAACUCUCCUUUCAACGGCAGCAAAUUAAAGAGAUCCACAGCAUUUCUGUCACUUACUAUCAACAUCUGACCAGCCUUAUUAAAGCAUUUGAAGAGCUGCUUCAAGCUAGUGAUGUUGAUUAUUAUGUCGCCGAGGGCUUCCGUGAACAGUUGAAUCAAAGUGUGCAACUGUUUGAGAAGCUGGAAAAGAAGUUUCUCUAUGGAGAAUUAAUAGAUAUGGAGGUUACCAAACUUUGUGAACUAGGACAAAGGGAUAAUGAGAAGACUACCACAAUGUACCAGCAACUUAAGGAUGAGUCACCUGUACCAUCUGCUUUUCAUAGUUUUUCUGACUUUGAAAUGUCAGAAAAGUCAUCUCUUGGGUCACCUGAGCUUAAACAAGACCUGAUGGAAGGACAGCAUGGCACUCUGGCUCUUCUGCCAAAUAAAUUUCCCCCAGAGUUAUUAAUGGAGCAUCUGCAAGAAAUUCGAACUCUGAGACAACGUUUAGAAGAUUCCAUUAAAACUAAUGAGAGAUUGAGGAAGCAGCUUGAACGACAAGUAACAGACAUGGAACUAGAUCAGGGUUCUGCAAACAUUUUUAUCCAUGGCUCAGAGCAACAUAAUUCCCUGACUUCUGAAAUUCAUUUCCUGAGGAAGCAAAAUCAGGUUUUGAAUAUAAUGCUGGCAAAAGGAUCCAGAGAUAAACAAAAGGAAAAUGAAAAGUUGAGGGAGUCUCUCUCCAAGAAGAGUGCAGUCAUUGAGCAUCUCCACAAGGAUUUUGACUGUGUGAAGGAAGAAAAUGAAAGGCUGCAAAAACAGAUCAGCAAAAAGGAAGGUGAAAACAGACAUCUGACUCAUGAGGUUUACAGCAGUCGCAAUGAAUUAAACAGGUUGCAAACAGAACUGAAUUCAAAACAGCACCAGCUGUGUGAGAAUGACAAAUUACUGCAGUCGCUCCGAAUUGAACUCAAAGUGUAUGAAAAGUUGGAGGAAGCCAGCAGAAGAAGGACAGAUCCUGGACAUGAUGCUUCAGAAGAAUUCCGAAAAGAUCAAAAUAAUCCACUUGACUUACAUGAACUAUUGACUGAAAUACAGAGUUUGCGAGUGCAGCUUGAAAGAAGCAUAGAGACGAACAAGACUUUGCAUGAAAAAUUAGAGGAGCAGCUUUCAAAAGAAAAGAGAGAGGAAGUGGGCUCAGUGUCAGCUGUGAAUAUCAACUACCUGUUCAAACACGAAUCGCAGCAUUGUACAGGAAUGAAUGAAGUUGGUCAGACAUUCCCUGCAGCAGACAAUAAUAUAUGCGAGUUACAGAAGCAUGGACAUUACACAUCAAUGAAAGCAGACACCCAACUAACAUGUAAGGAAGAUGUAGACAACUCUUCACAGUGCAGCAGCAUCUCCUCUACUGGUACGUCAUGCACUCCCCGCCUUGUGCCUGGCCAUCGUAUGUGGGCAGACAAAAAUGGACGCCAUAUCCUUGGCUUGAUUGAGGAUUACAAUGCCCUACGGAAGCAGAUCUCAGAAGGGCAAAAGCUGCUAUCAGAAAUGGAGGGUCCUUUGAUAGAGAUCACUAGUAUGAAACAUGUGGAGCCUGGAGUAAAGGUUCCAGCCCAGACAUCACUGAAUAGCUUUUCUGCAAAUAUUCACACGGUACAGCAGAUUUUAGAAGAGGCUGCACGUUUAUUGAAGCUUCUCUGGAGAGUUUCUCUUCCCAUGAAAGUUGUCCACAGUACUGCUCACUACAGUCAGGAUGAAGGAAUGAAAGCAGAAAUACUUAGACUCCGUAAGAAACUGUCUGAGCAGGAGAAGAAGUUACACAGUAUGGUGAAACGUUUGCACUCUACAAACCAACUGAAGGAGAACAUGGAGAAAGUCAUCAUUGAUCAAUUGGCUUUAACCCAUGAUGUUUUAAAGAAGGCUAGAGGAAACCUAGAAAUUCAGCCAGAUGAAAAUCAAAAAGCAGCUUCGCACACCAACAAAAAAAGGAUUCUGUGAAGGAGACAGUUCCACUAAUAAAGACCAUCCCCUUAUGCGAU